AUGUCGUCGACCGCUCUCAUCCACGACGACGAAGCUCUCGAGCCAACACUCCAAUCCAUCCUCGACCAAAAGACUCUCCGAUGGAUCUUUGUCGGCGGCAAAGGUGGUGUCGGUAAAACCACCACCUCGUGCUCUCUCGCGAUCCAACUUUCCAAAGUCCGCAAGUCCGUCUUGCUCAUUUCGACGGAUCCCGCACACAAUCUUAGCGAUGCCUUUGGUCAAAAGUUUGGCAAGGAAGCGCGCCUGGUCGAUGGGUUUACGAAUUUGAGUGCGAUGGAGAUUGAUCCUAAUGGCAGCAUUCAGGAUUUGUUGGCUUCUGGUGGAGAGGCGCAGGAGGAUCCGUUGGCAGGACUUGGAAUGGGCGGUAUGAUGCAGGAUUUGGCCUUCAGUAUCCCCGGUGUCGACGAAGCCAUGUCAUUUGCCGAGGUCCUGAAACAAGUAAAAUCACUCUCAUACGAAGUGAUCGUCUUCGACACAGCGCCUACGGGUCACACACUUCGUUUCCUACAAUUCCCAACCGUGCUAGAAAAGGCAUUGGCCAAGCUCUCCCAGCUCUCGAGUCAAUUCGGACCCAUGCUCAACUCAAUACUGGGCUCGCGAGGCGGAUUGCCGGGCGGUCAGAAUCUGGAUGAUUUGAUGUCAAAGAUGGAGUCGCUCCGUGAGACUAUCAGUGAAGUCAACACCCAGUUCAAGAAUCCCGAUAUGACUACAUUCGUUUGUGUUUGCAUUGCAGAGUUCUUGUCGUUGUACGAAACAGAACGUAUGAUUCAGGAGUUGACCAGUUAUGGGAUUGAUACACAUGCCAUCGUUGUCAACCAGCUGUUGUUCCCUAAGAAGGAUAACCCCUGUGAACAAUGCAAUGCGCGAAGAAAGAUGCAGAAGAAGUAUCUAGAACAAAUCGAGGAACUGUACGAGGACUUCAACGUGGUGCGGAUGCCCUUAUUGGUGGAGGAAGUACGAGGGAAGGAAAAGCUUGAGAAGUUUAGCGAAAUGCUGGUCAAGCCCUACGUGCCUCCAGAGUAG